AUGAAAAAGAAGAGGGCAGUGGCAGAGGACACGGCAGAGGUAAGAAUGAUGGGAUAUAUGAGGUUUUAGCGGACAAAUGGGUAACUACCCGGGGUAGAUAUUCACACUGUUAGGUUACACGUUUGUUGCUCUCAGUUUAAAAUUCAAUGAAAAUGUUACAUAUACUAAACCUCACCCUGUGUGCAACUUCUUGUCGAUGCAAUAUUUACUUAUUAUUAGAUUAAAACAUAACAUAAAUCACGUUUUAUCCCACAUUUGUGUUAAAGGAACAAACUGAAUUGUACUGCUACUAGUUUCACUUCUACGACUGCCGUUGUUAUUUUACAGAUGAUACCAACAGACUCCUCCGAUGAAGAAGAUGGAAAUGGAGCUCCUGUUAAAGCCAAAAAGGGCAAACGUGAGGAGUCUGCCGAGGAGGAGCUGGUCUAUCACCCGGUAAAACUGUCAAGGAGCGAUUUGUACAGACCCCCUACAGCAGAGGAGCUAAACCAGCUGAAAGAGACAGAGAGCCUGUUUCACUGCAGUCUGCUCAAAAUGCAGGUGAGAUCCAUCACAUCAACACAGAUAUAAGAGGGUAGUUUACCACCACCAAAGUGUGACUGUGUGAGCGAAUGAAUGAUGUAUCCAAUGUAAAGCGCUUUGAGGGUCUCUGAUAAAGCGCUAUAUGAAAUCUGAUGCAUUAUUAUUAUUAUUAUUAUUAUUAAAUGUCUACAAUCUGUCACCAAUAACAGAUGGAGGAGCUGCUAAAAGAGGUCCGCCUCAGUGAGCGUAGGAAACAGCAAAUAGACUCCUUCGUUCAGAAAGUCACCAUGCUCCUCCAAACUGUGCCGGAGUCUGCAGAGGUUGAGGUAUGUAGUAGCUAUGCUGUAAGAAAGCUUUCUGAUCAGCUGCAGAGGUUCUGUUUCAUUCAUGCAGCUUCUACAAAUAAAAUCUGUGAAUGUAUUUUCUACUCAAUGACUCUGUGUUUUCAGGUGAGUGACCUGUCUUGGCUGUCUGAUGCAGUCAAGGUCCCUUUCCUCCUGGUGCCCAGCAUAACAAAGGGCAAGUUCCAUAUGGCACCUCCUGCAUCUAUUGACCUGAUCGGCAGCUACCCCUUGGGCACAUGCACAAAACCACAUAUUGUGGUGGACCUGGCUGUCACAAUCCCAGCUGUAAGUAAGCACUAAAUCUUGGAAUGUACAGAUUAUUGAAAGCAAUGUCAUGCACUGAAUGCAAUAUAGCAGUACAGAUUUGAGUCAAUAAGAGUUGGGUGUUUUCUCUCCCCACAUCUCUCGGCUAUCAGGAGAUCCUCCACCCAAAGGACAUCUUGAACCAGAGGUAUCCAAGGAAAAGGGCUCUUUAUUUGGCAGGUCUAGCCCAGCACCUAAUAUCCUCAUCAGACAUUGGGACCACACGUUAUUCCUGCCUCCAUGGGAAUCGACUCCGUCCUGUUCUGCUGCUGACCGCUUCGGGUAUAAAAUAUAAUUUCCAACAUAUUUAAACCCCUGACUCACAGCUAAGAUAUUUCUAUUGUUUGGAUUUGAGAGUAUUUUGUUGUCUUUGCAUCUGUUAAGCUUUGAAAUUCAUUGGCAUCUUUCAGGUAAAGACACAGCCAGCUUCACCCUACGAGUUCAUGCUUGUCCACCUCCUGGAUUCUUUAAGCCCAACCGUUUCCAUCCGCAGAGGAACAAUAUCAGGACAGAGUGGUACACUGGAAUGCAGACAUCCCUAACUGGUAUUAUAAAUUGUUGCUUGAUUUUGAAUGAAAGUUCAUCUGGAAUAUCCCUAUCAGUGGGGUUGAUUUAUUUUCUUAUUUGUUUUUCACAGAAAGAAGCGAACCUCCUACACCGCAUUACAACAGUACUAUUCUAGGAGAUUUACUGCCCAGGGCUCACCUCCAGUUUCUAUCAGCUGUUAGCUCCCAGUGCUCUGCUUUUUCUGAUGGGGUGGCGUUACUCAAAGUCUGGCUUCGUCAAAGAGAGCUUGAUCAGGUGGGUAGUGGGCUUGCAAUCGCCCCUUCAUUUGUUGCUCACAGCUAUCAGCUUUUCUGUGCACUUACAUAGUUUGGUUUACCAGAACUCUGUUUUUCAAUGUCUCUAGGGCACUGGUGGUUUUAAUGGUUUCCUGGCUUCGAUGCUGUUGAGUUAUCUGCUGAUGACUCACAGAAUCAGCAACACCAUGACUGCCUAUCAGCUGCUACGAAACAGCUUGAACUUCUUAGGUGAGCAAAUUCAAAAUAUACUGAAAGGCUGUUUUUUUAUUAAGGGCCAGUUGAUGUGUAGACAUUGUACUCGCAUCCCUUCUUUGAAUAACUGGCAACUUGCUCUCCUUUGAUUCUGACUGCAGCUUCUACAGACCUUACAGUGAAUGGAAUCAGCCUCGCAAAAGACCCUGACUCCACAGCUGUAAGUGGUCUUCCUGACCUUUAUAUCAAGGAACCUGUGAAUGUAGCUCCUUAACAAAUCACCACAUAACAGUCCAAUCUGUCUUUUUUUCCUUUUCUUUUUCCUCCAGCCAUCUCUGUCAGAGUUCCACAGUGCUUUCCAGGUUGUGUUUAUCGACCCCUCUGGACAUCUCAACAUGUGCGCUGACAUGACUGCUUGCACCUACAAACAGGCAAGCAUAAAUGGGGUGUUAUUUUCUUCUCCAGUGAGAUUAAGCGAUAGGGUUUGACCUUUUUUUUUUUUCUUUUAAUAGCUGCAGCACGAGGCGUCUGUGUCGAUGCAGUUCUGGGAUGACCCAACGGUGGACGGGUUUCACAGCCUCCUGAUGACCCCUAAACCCAUGAUAAGAACCAGCGAUCAUGUGUUUCAGUACGGCUCUAUUCACUAAACUACACAUCCUUGGUGGUUUCUUAUCGUUAUCCUGUCAGAUCUUCUGUUAUGUACGAUCUUUUUCUUCUCCCACUCAGGCUGUGUGAGCUGGCAAAGCUUCAGUCCAGCUGUAAGAAGCUGAAUCUCCUCAGUGAGCUGAUGGACCACAGUGGAAACUAUGUCCACACUGCACUGCCUUUCAUUCUGUCACUGCUUCAACAAGGGCUGGGUCAGAGGAUCCAUCUUCUCACACACUCCCUGUCUCCUGACCCUGAGGUGAGACACACUUUCUCAACAUGAACACAGAGGAACUUAAUCCCAUUAUCAUUUAGAGAUACAGCCCUCUAUAUAGGCCUUUCAUUGACCUGAGACCUUCCCAGUCUCCUGCAAAGUUGCAAAUCAAACUUAAAUACUCUUGAAAAUCAUACUUAAAAUCUCAGUUACAAUAUUGAAACUUUGUCUUCUCACAGUGGUCUGUGGAAAGCGAUGCCCCAAAACACAAAGCCCAACCUCCACUCUCCUUUGGUUUGCUCUUGAGACCGGAUUUGGCGGUCUCUGUCCUAGAGAGAGGCCCCCCAGCAGACAGCCCCAAGGUAGUCUUACCUGUCCUUUUUUUCUUUGUAUGUGGAUCACCUGAUAUCUUUGUAAAAUAUGCAUCAUAAUUUAGUUCAACUCUCGAGUCCAAUUGUACACUAGUACACAGUAGUAGUAGCAGCAUCUUCUCUGUUAUUAAUGAGUAUCACACUUUUCUGCUUGGUGCCUUCUUUUUUUAUCAACUACUUAUGAGUUUGUAAUUUUCUGUAGAAAUGAAAUACUAUCCAAAUGACACAAAUACAACUUUGUGGAAACAGCUCAUCUUUAUUUCCAGCAUAACUACCAUUGCACUCUUCAAAAGCUACUGUAACAUGCGAAUAGACACAUCACUUCACAGAACUUUAACUCUUCUUGCAUGUUUUCUGAGUUCCUUUUUCUACACAUAUUUCUUCAACUUGUAUGCAUUCCUCAUGCUCUUUUCGUAACUCACAAUGUAACAAUGACAUGUCCUAUAGGCUGCAGAGUUUCGUCAGCUUUGGGGUCCUCGCUCUGAGCUGCGUCGCUUCCAGGAUGGUGCCAUCACAGAGGCCGUGCUGUGGGAAGGAGAGAGCAUGUGCCAAAAGCAACUGGUCCCAAAACAGAUCGUCACACACCUACUACAGCUGUAUGUAUUUAAUGUAGGCAUAAUACAAAGGGCAAUAUAACAGGCAUGGCUUCAAAAGUGGUGAUAAUACAGUAGUUGCUUUGGUCAAUGAGAACUUACUUGUUUUGAUUAUACAAAAUAUUAGUUAAAAUAUCGUAGGGAGAAAAACUUGAUUUCCUCAAUUCAUAGAGUAUCAUUGUGUCUUUUAUCAUUAUCCUGGAAAUUUUACAUCUUUUCCAAUUAAUGUUUGCACUUCUGAUGUGCAACACCAUACCUGUGCUUAAGUCGACCAGGUGUGUUACACCCUCCUUUAGACAUUUACUUAAACCAGAUGUUUGAUGUUAAAUCCCAAGAAUUUGUACUCUUUGUGUUUCUAAGAUAAGAUGUUGUAGAUAUGAUUUGCCCUCCGGCUCACUCCCUGUUGCUUAAAGCCAGAUGAUUCAGCCAACAAUAAGAAAAAUCUCAAGGUCUCUAUGUUGUUAAUAAGAAUUAAAUAUGCUAAUGUACUUGAAUGUUUCCUUGUAAGCACAUUAUAGAACACAUGAAGAGUGGUGGAGCUCAUGCUGCACUAAUGCUCCCCCCUUAAAUGUCUCAAAUAUGACAGGUCAUGCAAGCUGUAAAUUUCUGUUUACAAAGAUCAUCAUGUCAACAUGUUCCGGGUUCAGUCGAGUACGCAUUGACGCAAAAGUUUGUCCAGCUUCCGACAACAGAGAUGGUAGCGACACCCCUGGUAUGCACAAGUAGUGUCUCGCCAGAGUGGCCAGUUUGGGAAAUCUUGGUCCAUUCACCCUCCACCAGUCAAGAGGGUUUAUGUCCAGUGACGGAGCAAUGUCUCUCAGGUAGUAAUCCACCUGGGCCUCUGAGUCUGUGGCGUAGGAGGAACUGUAGUUGUCCCCCAGGAGUAACAUCAUGGUGUUUUUGGUGUUACUUCUCAUUUGAGAGGGCAGAGCGACAUGACUAAUGCCUGCUGUUAUGGGGGUCUCCUGCUGCUCAUCUUUAGUGACCACAGCUGAGGUUAACACGUCUUGUUUGGAAACCAGCUCAUGCAGUUUAACCUUUGCAGCCAGUCUCCCUGACGGUGUUAGAAAGCUGAGAUGUUUGUGUCGCGGGUCCAGCAUGGAGGCAAUCAGAGCUGGUUUGGAGGCCAAGUCAUUAGAGUCAACCUGUAAGCAAUAAAAUAACAAAUAUUAUGUCAAGAGGAAGUAGAGAGUUUACCAUUUUAAAAGGGAUAUUCUAGGGUCAAACACACCGUAACACUGAGAUAGACACCCCCUGAAAGAUGAAUGUUGCUGACCGCUUGCUUCUCUAGUUAUACCAACUUUAGUAACGACUGCAAGAUAGCAAUACACAGCAGAACAGUACAUAAAGGGUCCCAGCCAUAGCACUAGCCACCAAACAUCUUUUUAACUCUGCCUAAUUUCUUUAGCGAAGAGACUAAACAUUACUCACCUACUGUCUUCCAGCAGCCGCUUGUUUGUAGCGAGACCCCAGGCCGGUCAAUUACGGACUGCUUCGGGGUGACGCAGCUCAAGGAAGAACAUUUAUGAUCAUCUCUUCAUGGAAAUGCAAUCAGAUUAUUAUUUCAAGGAAACAAUAAAGAAAUGAUUAUAAAUGUUCUUCCUUGAGCUAUGCACCCCGCUGUAGUCCGUAAUUGACUGGCCGGAGGUCUCGCUACAAACAAGCGGCUGCUGGAAGAGAGUAGGUGAGCUGUGUUUAGUCUCUUCGCUAAAGAAAUUAGGCAAAGUUAGAGUGGCGUUUUGGUUGAGGUUUGUUUAUGGCUCCCCAGACCACUGUGUAUUGCUAUCUUGCAGUUGUUACUAACGUUUGUAUAACUAGAGAAGCAAGCAGUCAGCAACAUUCAUCUCUCGAGGGGGUGUCUAACUCUGUGUUACCUAGUGUUUGACCCUAAAUCAAUUUUAUGCCGGAAUAUCCCUUUAAGAGUCAAUCUUUGCAUCAUUCUGAUUCGCCUACCUCCAUGUGAAUCCUGAGAGACUUCUGAACUUUCAGCUUAAACUCUGAGACUUGCUCCACAUCAUUCUCUUUUGGAAUGAGGUGGUUCUGGAUGAGGCUGAAUGUGAUUGGAUAGAUGUUGGAAAUAGAUACUUCUGUUUCAGCAGAUGUGACUGUAAUUGCCCAUUUUAGUGUUGCCAACACAGGUGUGAAAUUCUCGAUUAUCUGCCAACAAUCAUCCCCCAACUCGAGACUCUGAGCUUCCUGUCUGCUGGUGAUGGUGCGAUCAGAGAGCACAGCUUUGAUGGCCCACCGCUGCUCGAGUAACCGCUCGAACAUGUCGCAGAUGGUGUCCCAUCUUGCUUUGUGCGAACGGAUGAGCUUGUGCUGAGGCAGGCACAUCUGAACCUGUUUCUGCUCCAAAGCUCUACUAGCCAGCAUGUUGUGGCUGAAGUGCUUGACGAGUUUCCCGGCUGCUGCAGUGAUCCGGGUCAAAUCCUCACUCAGGCCGUCGUUGACCGCGAGCUGCAAUGUGGUGGCAAAGCAAGUGGCGUAGUCCCAGGUGAAAAAGGUACUUGGAUGGGCCAACAAGACGUCCUCUGUGUAGUUAUGAACACAUGCAGCGAUUUUCCCAACAAGACCCCAGUUCUGCACGAUGUUGACAAGCCUCCCUGUGAUAUUAUCGGAUGUGUUGCGGCUGUCUGAUGAUAGUUUACACGUCUGCAACACGGCUGAUCUACCCUUCCAGUCUUCUGUUAUGAACGAGCAGGAAACUGUCAUAUACCUUUGGAAUGGGAGGGUUGUCCAGAUAUCAGCAGUCAGAGCCACUUUCUCCAUCCGACCCAGCUGCAUUACAAGCUCCUCCGCCUUCUCGUGGAAAUGACCUUCGAUUAGGCGAGUAAAAUCUCCAGCUGAGGGGAUUUUAUAGUUAUGUACAGUGUGCGCAAGCAGUUCACGAAAUCCAUCCCCAGUGACCACACUGAUGGGGAGCAUGUCCUUCUCGAUCAUUCUGCAGAUGAGCUCGGUCACCUCUGUGUGCGUUGACAGAGACACACCAUCACCCGUGGCAGUGUCAGGGUGCUUGUUCUUGAUGUGGUACAUCAUGCUGGUGGUGCUGCUCUUGUAUUUUAGCUUCGUGUCACAAACAGUGCAGUGGACCUCGUCGUCAACUCGGACGAAAAUGUCCCACACGGAGCUCCUCUUCAGGCGCUUCCUCUCGCCGUAGUCUCGCUCAGGGUUAGGGUUGCUGGUCAAGCCGAUGUUGGGUGACAUUAUAGAGACCUGCAUGAUGUCCGGAUGAGGGAGACUAUCCUCGGCGGUGCUCUGAUGGAGGGCGGAGAUCACCGGCUUCUCGUCUUCGUCUGACGGUGUCGGAGACGGAUGGUGUCUGCUCAUGUGGCUCAUCAUAGAGCUGGUGGCUCCUCCGCAGUACUUCAGCGUGGCUUCACAUUUCAUGCAGCGGACGAAGCUCCCGACCUGCUCGAAGCAGUCCCACACGGAGCUCCGUCUCCUCCCUGCGCGUUUCAUGUUUGUGUUGCAGCCGCUAAAGAGCAUCCAUUGUUGUUUUUACGUUAGCCGGCUCGCUACUGGCAUCAAAUGAAUGGAUUUCAGUGUCGUUAGAGGGGAAACAUGAGACCCGCUCGGUUUAACUUCAGCAUGUGCCAUAAGAUAAAUGUUUAGGACUAGUAAAAACGAUGUUUUUAAUCCUCUAGACAUGCAGAUAUCCCCGAGUCCUGUGUGCGGUAUGUGGGGGCGAUGGUGGAUGACGUCAUCAAAACGGGAAGUGAGGUAAAACCGAAAAUCUCAGCGACUGUUAUACAAGUUAUUUUUAAUAAAUAUCAGAUGUAAUGUAAAGAUAACGACUACUGUAAAAAAUAAUCAUAAUAUAAUGUUUAGGAUAGUAGAUUUACAACAGAAGGUGCAGUUUUUGUGUUCUAGUUUAGUCCUGUUCAUUAAUCGUCUUGUUUUAUAAAGCUUUCUCUGUUUUAAUUGGAUUAACCCUAAUCAAUGAUGCAUUCACUUGCUGUUAUUUCACUCAACUAAUCAACCACCACUUUCAAAACUUCCACAAAUCUUUUAUUUAACUUUAGCUGGUUUACUCAGGUUUUCAUUUUAUAGGGGAGAGUGGGGUAAGUUGAGCCACCCUCUGUUGCUUGGAAAUGGUAAAAUAUAUUGAUCAUGUGACCAAAUAUUUAGGAGAUGGGCAUCAAUUCAUGGAGUCUGUGAAGGUUAGAAGCACAUGAGUGAAGGGGCUCGACAUUUAUAUCCAGAAAAAACAUUUUUUCACUCUUGAAAGUGAAUUUAGUCUGUCAUAAGUUAUAUUAGAAUUGAACUCAUUAUACAUCAAAUGUGGUAUCUAUGAGCUACAAUAUGAGGUCAAAAACUUAGCCUAAAAAGUUCCACAUUUUAGCUGAGAGGACUAAUAAAGUUGGAAUAGAAGUUCUGGGGUAGGAGUCUGGUGAGAGGAUCAGAGUUUCAAUUCAGAUUGUUGAAGUGUGUUACUUUAUCUUUUCAAAAAAUACAGCUGUGAAUGUUCUGAAUCACUUACAGGCAUUCUCAUGUUAAUAUGUUUUUUUUUUUUUUACAAAACAGCUUUUUAACAGUUACAUGCAGUAAUAAUAAAAAGAAUUAUUAUACCAGUUGAAUAGUGCAUAACAGAUAAAAAUACACAUGAAUGUAAAAAAGUGUUAUUUAGGGAUAGAGAAGGUGAGGGAGGGCUGGGGUGGAGAGUGAGGGGGAUAGUAGGGAUACGGCUCAACUUACCCCGCUCCUAUGAUCAACUUACCCCAUACAUGGGGUAAGUUGACCAUAGGAGACCACUUUUUUUGGCAUGCUAUAUUAUCAAUACAGUUAUGUUUACACUCAUCCUGUUGGUUUGCAAGGAUGCACGACAUCUUGAAAUAUAUGCAGAUACACUAGUAUCUAGAGACAAAACUAUGAUUGCCUUGAUGUAGUGAUCCGAAAUGUGAAAAAUGGCUCAUCUUACCCCACUCUCCCCUUAUAAUGAAAAUUACUUUGAGCCCUAAAAUGAUUCCUUAAGAUUAUACUAAGGCCUGAUUGUGUAUUUUUCUUUAGGUACCUAGCACCGGGGAGGAGGAGAGUUUAAAGGUGGUUCAGUCUUAUGAUGACCUGAGUAGAAAACUGUGGGGACUGGAGGGUCUGCCUCUCUCCAUCACAGCAGUGCAAGGAGCCCACCCUGCUCUAAGAUACACACAGGUAAACCUUGAUUUUGACCCAGGAACGUUUUUUUUUUAUUCAUUCGACCUCAUUUGUCAAAAUUGUUCAACACUAGAACUAUAACUAUAUUAUGCUGAAACCUGAAGGUGUGUUUAAAAUCUGAUGAUAUUCAUUUGACACUUGAAUUUGUUCCUGCAGGUCUUUCCUCCUGUGCCACUGAAACUGGACUAUUCCUUCUUUGAUAGAAAAAAGGAUUCUAAAGCUUUGGUACCAAAAGAAGAAAAACCCUGCCCUGUUUACAUCACUCCAAUCACAGGUAGUUUUUUUUUAAUCUCCCAAGAAAUUCUAAAUCAGUUUCCUUUUAUAGAAACAUAACAUCUGCACCAAAACAAUGAAAGAAAAUGUUUUUAAAUGUCACUGAAAAUGACAGGCAAAGCUGCUCCCCAAGUCUUUUAUUAUAGAGGAACAUCUAACUAUCAAGACUAUUGCACAAAUGUUUUGCAAUCCUGUGCUUAAAGUGAUCUGUCACAUGGAGGGAAGCGGAAAGUGGCCACACAACAGCACCGCCAUCCGCCAUAUCCGAGCUGCUUUUCACAUCCGCCUGGGCGAGUUACUCCAGAAGAACCAUAAUUAUACUUACAGGCCCUGCCCCAAACACCUGGAUGUGUUUAAGGUACAUUUUUAAAUGAGUGUGCGUGUCAUGCAAAUAGUCAGCACCUUUUGUUUUUGUAAUCACUACUCUUUAUCAACACUGUUUCCCACUUUGCUUAUGCGACCAGGACGGCUUUGUGUUCCGCAUCCACGUGGCUUACCACCGUGAGCCUCAGGUGCUGAGGGAGAGCGUGAAUGCUGAGGGUUUGCUGGUUGUAAGGGACAAUGAGGAGGCUCAGGCUCUGGAGAUGUCCACAAUUCACAAGCCCCUACUUACCAGCACAUUGCAUGGGUAAAACUGGAAGCAUUAUGUACUAUUUGUCUAUGUUUGUAUGAUAAAGCAGGGGUUUCGGUUCCUAUUAUUUCCCUAAAUUUAUUCAACAUCAUGUGCUGCAUUAAAGCAUUUUUUUCCUCUAACUUCAAUUCUUCACUUUUAGUCUCCCAAAUGUUUCUUUUCUUUACUUUUUCUUGCGUCAUUUUAAGUGUUUUAUGUCGUUGGUAGGCUUCAGCAGCAAUACCCGUGUUUUGGGGCAACAUGCCGCCUGGCCAAACGCUGGCUCGGGGCUCAGCUUUUCAGCGACGACCUGACAGAGGACACGUCAGACCUGCUGGUGGCGUCGCUUUUCCUGCAGCCUUCACCCUUUACACCUCCUGGGUAAUUUUCUACUUUUUUAAGCCACUGUCUCGUUUGUUUGUGUUUUUACUUGUCUUUGUUCGUUCAGUAGGUCAUGUGAAUGAACUUCUCUGUCCUUCUCAGUUCUCCUCAGGCCGGCUUCCUUCGCUUCCUUCAUCUGCUCUCUUCCUUUGACUGGAGGAACAACCCGCUGGUUGUCAACCUAAACAACCAGCUCACAGGCAAGUUCUCUGACACACACACAUUUCUUUCCCCCUCUGUGUCACACAAACAUAUCGCCUCUGACCUCCUUCUAUUUACACACCCGACAUACUUUGACAUCCUGCUCAUAUCCAUUGCUGGGUCAAGUGAUUGUUUAUCCUCUCUCCCUCACGUGUAGCUGCUGACUAUACAGAGAUCAAAAAUGAUUUCAUGGCCUCCAGGGAGUCUCUGCCCGUCAUGUUUAUAGCUACGCCUAAAGAUAAAAAACUAUCUUUGUGGACCAAGAGAGCACCAAGCGUACAGGUCAGUGCACGCACAAAAACAAGUACACGGCUUACACAAUUAUAACCUUUAAUAGAUUUUCACUCAUUGAUAAAAAAAAGAUAAAAUAUUAAAAUUUAGUGAGUUAACUUUUAAAGAAAUUACAAAACCAGUGAAUCAAUAUCAUAUACAGAAAGUCACAAGCUUGAGGUUUUUUUUUUAUACUGCUUGUCAUUAGAAAUCAUACAGGUACACAAAAUCACAAGCAGCGGUGUAGAAAAGAGUUACAUGUUCUGGGCAGGGAGCAGUCACAUAGUUUCCCAAUCCUGGAGCCUUUUCUAAGAGCACAUUGGUCACCUGGAUCACACUGAAAACAUUAGAAAUCAAAGUCAGACAUAUUGAAACAUGUUGCCCUGAAUAGACUAACUGUGCUGUCAUACAAGAGUUAAUUUACUGAUGUGAUCAGAUGUACAUACCACAGGAAGAAAUCCAUGCUUUUUCCUCAGAGCUGGAAUUUGAUUAUUCUGAAGUCUCUCCAAAACUUCGUGUAAAUCAUUGAUCUAGAAAUGGAAAUAAAUCUGUUUCAUUAAUUGAAACAAAAUGCCACAAGAAUGUAAAAGAUAAUUAUCCAAAACCAAAUAUUACAUCAACAACCUUUUUAAAGAUCUUGAAAGUGAAACACUAAUGAGUCUCAGAGACCAUCAGGUGUAGCUCACCAGUUGCUUUUCAUUGCUGUCCUCUGCUGUGGAGAAAUAAGGUAAAUUUUUCGGUCUGUAUUCCUCUGUCUGGAUGUGACCGUAGCUGUAAAAGAGUCCGUUGGCACACACCAGCGCACAAAAAACAUACACAAACCAGCUGCCCAUGGUGCGUAGUUGACCCAGAUAAGCUUCCUGUACUGGACCACCUCACUCCUCUAACAAGACCAACAUUAAUGCUGCGCCUCUCCCAGCAUCCUGCUUUAUAAGCAGGAACUUUGUGCUCCGUGACGUCCUGACAGAGGCGUCAUUCAGGGGCCUUAUUCUGCAUGUUUAUUCUAAUCAGGGUCAUUUCUAUAUUCAUAUUCAGGAGAAUCUUUAUUCUCCUGAAUAUACUAGAUACAUGGAUGUCAUAGACCUUUUAUUUCUGAAUUUCACAUGCGCACUUUAAUGAAGUCCACAACAAAGAGGUUGUUUUAAAACAAACAGCUGAGGUGAGUGGAUGUUCGGCUCAGUGUGUUCGUAAUUAGAUCAGUUCUUUAAUUGACCACCAGGGAGCAGAUUGUGCUGAAGGGAGUCAGGGAUAAAGAAUGAAUAUUUGAGUUUCAUUCUAAACACACAAGAUGCUUUCUAUACCUCAGAAAUGUUAACAAGCUCUGCACAUUAACAUGAUUCAUCAUGAUAAAACCAGAAAGUGAUUUCAAGUUAAUUUGAACUUAAUUGCACAUUUCUACGGAGAGAAGAUGAUCCAUCACUGGGUCGAAAGGAGAGAAGCUGGAAAAGAGUCCCAUUGACUUAAAACACUGAAUGACUCAAGUUAAGCACAACUGGGGUGACAGUGUUGUAGAAGUUUGUUUAAAGGUCUUAUUGGGAGCUUUAAGAUGAUUAUAAAACAGACUGUAAUUGAAACUGAUGCUUCUUUAUGACCUACAAAAGCAACAAAAACAAAAUAAAGACUGAUUAUUUCUACAUAGACAGUUUUAAUGCUCAUAACCACCGGGGUCAGUGAGGGGACAGAUUGAAAGAUUAACCGCAUGCUGCAAAAACAGACUGGUUUUUAAAUUUUCAAUGGCAAAGAGUCUGAACGAGUGCUAAAAGAAAGCAAGAUGAACUUUUAGUUUUCCUUAGUUGUCAUCAAUGCAGACCAAAAGUUCAGCUAAAGACUUCAAAAUGAUGGAUAAACAAAGUAUUAUUUUGAUAAUAUGUAUUUCCAGUGCUGUUGUCGGAUUCUUGUGUGGACUUCUGUUGCAAACCAAGUAGCUUCUUGGGAAUGAUAGAGAUCUUAUAAAUGCAAAUCUAAAUCCACUUUAAAGGGUUAUCAAACUUUCAUAUCUUCUUAGUUUAGCUAUGAACAAGCGUUUAAGUUCCCUCCUCUAGUUAAAAGUGAUAAAAUAACUUCAUACAGCUUUUAUUCUGAUCAAAAUCUGACGACUGUUUUCAAAACAUUAGUUGGGAAAAAUGAACAGCUGGCAGCUCAUUGUAAUACUUUAGCUGGAUAUUGCUCUGUAAAAUGCUCUUCAUGUUAUAGCUCCAGUGUAUCAGCUAUUGUUCUAGUUCAACAUGUUUUGUGAAAUAGUUUUAAUUCAAGUGUUUAUUCAUUUACCUCACUUGAAUACACCAUGGUUCACAAGCACACCUUUAACUUCAUGUCUUCAGAUGCUGCAGCGCGUUGUGAUGGUGGCUUCAGAGAGUUUAAAGGUGUUGGAGCAACAGCUGAUGGACAGCAGCCAGGUUCAAGACGUCAGGGUGAGUAAUAUCUGAUACUACCCUCCUCCUCUUCACUCAUCACUCUAUUCUUUGGACAUUUUAACCUCAUGAUGCUCUUGUCUGUGUUUGUACAGGUGGUCAUGCGCCCUCCUCUGGAUGCUUACGAUGUGUUGAUCCACUUGAACCCCAAGCAGGUUCCCCUGCUCAGCCAGGCAGUAGACCCCCCCACCGUCACCUACAGUAGGGGCAUAAUGCCCGGCUCUGCACACUCAUCUGGAGGAGCCCUGCCCGUUGUGGAUUACAACCCGGUGUCCCUCUACCUGGCAGAGCUGAGGGUGAGUCUCGUGUUUGAGGGAUGUUUAAAAGGAAGGUGUGGUUUUAAUAGCGCCUUGUUGACAGGAUGUGACAAAAGCUGUGCAGCAGGAUUUACACAAACUAAUUGCAGCUGGACUGAAGAGGUAUGAAGUUUAUUUUAAAGCUUCCUGACAGUAAAAAUUUAUGACAGAUGAGAGUUACCCAGUAAAAUUAAGCUUCACUUACAAUGAUCACAAACUACUGACACAUAGGCCUGAAUUUUGCUUUAUGUGGAUUACAUAGAAACCAUGUAGACACUAAACAGGUGUAAAAGUUGGCUUCAAGUUGAACAUUUUCAUUGUCAUGCACUCAGAAAUGACUUUAUCUUUGUCGUCUCGAAUGGAAUAAAAGGACUUCUGCCACAUCUUUCAUGUAUAACAUUUAAAAUGUAAUCACAGUUAUUAAAUGGGCAAGGUUUUAUGUGAUUUUGUCGACUUUGUAUGCUAGACUUCCACUGAAUCAGUAAACUUGAUUUCAGGAGGCUUUCGGGGACUUAGCCCUCUUCUUCUGUGACCCCUACGGAGGAACAGUGAUCGCAGUCGUGUGGAAGCCAAAAGCCUUCAUCCCUGCGCCCUUUAAGGUAAUUUCUAAUUUAUUCAUGUCCUCCAUUCAAAAGCAUUCAUGUAAGAGAAGAUCCUUUUUAACUGUUAGCCGCUUGCCUUGUUUUGCAUGCGUCUCCAUAUCCAUUCGCUCACGUGUCCACAUCCUCCCUCUGACCCAAUGCUCUAUUUUCUCCUUGGUUGCACAUCGCAGACGUCACAUGUGUCUGCUCGGAGCGUACAAGUGACCGGGGACGAAGCAAACACCGUUCCAAACGUUGAAGCCAUUUUGGAGGACUUCCAGGUCAUUGGAAAGGGUUUGGUCAAAUCAGUGGAGGCUCGGACUGAGAAAUGGUCAUUCUAG